UUCUCGUUUUCAGAUUUUAUUGGCAAAAAUAUUCAGAAAUUCUGUUAAGCAUUAUAAUUUUUAUUUCUAGAUGUUUGAGCACAAGUCCACUUGUCAAGUUCAAUCAAAAUCUGAGGGAAUCUCCCAUCAGUGGGAAUAGUUAUAAUUACGAGGAUCUUGUCAAGGAUUUCAAGUGGGAUGUUCCGGAGCACUUUAACUUCUCAGUGGAUGUUAUUGAGAAGUUUGCAGAUGAAGCAGGGGAUAGAACUGCUUUUUGGUAUAUACACCCAGAUGGAACAGAGUUAAAACUAUCCUAUAGUGAUUUAAACGUUGCUUGUCAGAAGGGUGCGAAUGUGUUUGCAAACCUGGGAGUAAAAUCUGCAAUGUGUAUUUUGCCAAGGGUACCCGAAUGGUGGAUAAUAAACCUUGCUUGUAUAAGGCAGAAGGUCGUUCUUCUACCCGGUACUACCCAGCUACAGGAGAAGGAUAUCCUUCUUAGACUUGGUGCAUCUAAGGCGGAUUGUGUAAUUGCAGACCUAGAAACCGCUCAUAAGGUUGAUAAUAUUGGUAUAGAUGGUCAAGUGAAGGCAAAAAUACUGAUUGGUGGGACCAAGGAGGGUUGGUUAAGCUGGGAUCAGCUGUUCCAAUCAGCUGACGAGAUCCAUACUCCCAUCAAGACUCAGAAAGAUGAGAUAAUGCAGAUAUUCUUUACAAGUGGAACAGUAGGAUCUCCAAAAAUGGUUCCACACACCCACACAUCCUAUGGAUAUUGUCAUUUCGUGACAGGUAAAUACUGGCUUGAUCUAACCAAGGAUGAUGUCCAUUGGAAUAUCUCAGAUUCAGGGUGGGCCAAGAGUGCUUGGUCAAGCCUUUUUGGACCUUUUUCUCAAGGUUGUACACUGUUUGUGCACGGAAUGCCGCGGUUUGCUCCUCUAGAAAUCCUCCAAACAUUGACCAACUACCCAAUCACAACUCUGUGUGCGCCACCAACCCUUUACAGGUCUUUGCUUCAAGAAGAUCUGAAGAAAUAUAAAAUGAAUACACUUAGGCAUUGUGUUUCAGCAGGGGAACCUCUUAAUGAAGAGGUGAUCUACAGCUGGGAAGAAGCUCUUGGUAUUGUUAUCAAAGAGGGUUACGGGCAAACUGAAUCUACCCUUCUAUGUGGAACAUUCAAGAAGAUGAAUAAGUGGGUGAAACCUGGCUCAAUAGGAAAACCUGCCCCAGGAUAUGAUGUGAGGAUCGUGAAUAAUAUGGGUCAGGAGGUUGCUAGGGGAGAACAGGGUAAUAUAGGAGUCAAGAUUAAACCUAACAAACCUCCUGGACUCUUCGCAGGAUAUAUUGAUGAUCCAGAGGCUACUUCACAUUCAUUCAUAGGGGACUAUUAUCUGACAGGAGACAGGGCGGUGCAGGAUGAGGAUGGAUACCUGUGGUUCCAAUCAAGAACAGAUGAUCUGAUAAUUUCUUCAGGAUACAGGAUUGGACCAUUUGAGGUAGAAUCUGCCCUACUGGAACACCCUGCAGUAGAGGAGAGUGCUGUAGUGUCCAGUCCAGAUAUGGAUAGAGGACAAGUUGUCAAAGCUUUUAUUGUGCUGUCACGGACACAUAAACAGAUAAUGGGUAUAGUGGAGGAGGAGGAGGCCUUGAUCUCCCAGCUCCAAGAGCAUGUCAAGAACACAACAGCUCCAUACAAAUAUCCAAGGAAAAUUGAGUUCGUUGAGAGUUUGCCCAAAACCGUGAGUGGAAAAAUUCGCAGGAAGGUUCUGAGGGAUAAAGAGAAUAUGCAUUAGUAAUUUAUUGUACAGUUGUACCAAUAGAAUGUACUAUGCAUAAACUUCUAAGAUAUCUGUGUACUGCAGUUGGUUGAGGAAUCCUAAAAUUGCAGUACACAAACAAUACCUGAAACUUCCGAGUAAAAACAUUUUUGGAUCUUCUAAAUAAAAUAAUUGUAGCUUUUAUUUGUUCUUCAAGAUAAUCAUAUAACAAAAAUCAAAAUACUAUAUUAUGCCUACGGCUUUUAUAUGUUGAGUACAACAAAAUAAAUCUAAGCUUUCAUUGUUCCUUAUACACAGUAGUCAUAUUUCAUAAGCUAACUCUUACAAUCUAUUCAUAUGUUUACUAAAUUCAGCUGUAUUUCAAACCAUGUAGUGUCAUACAUACUUGUAUAAUGUGCAAUUUUCUCUGUGCCAACUUUUCAAAUAUUUAGUUAUUUUAAAAUAGAAUUUAAGCAUUUCUUUUUAAUAAAAUUGCAUGUACAAAUCUUAAUUAAAAAAUAUCUGGUUUAGUUUGAAAUUUAAUCUGUUCACUAUUAUUCUCUAAAUGUUACAUGCUAAAUCUUCAACGUAAACUUGAUUAAUGUCUUAGCAGAUUUUAUUGAGUGUAAUGCUUAUGGAGCUUAAGUCGAUGUACAACCAAGAACAAGAAAUGAACCAUGACUCGUCAGUCGUCGUUUAUAAAGCUUAUUACUACUAUUUUAUUUUUCACUGGAAAGUGCUUUUUAUGUAAGAUUGUUUAAUGUAUUGUAACACAAUGUUUUAUGUCAGUCAAAUAUAUUUUAAUCUUGCUUUAUAUUCUCAUUUCAG